AUGUUGUUAAACCGACGAAUGCGAACAAUUCCAAACAUGUUCGUGGCAUCACUCGCCGUCUCCGACUUAUUACUAGGAGUUUUCAGUAUAGGUCCUUUAGGCAUCCCUACAUUAGUGACUUCCCAUUGGCCGUUUAAUGACACGACUUGCCAAUUUCAAGGUUACUUAGGCUUUGCUUUGGCUUGCGCUUCGAUUCACACACUGGUCUUGAUGGCUGUGAACAGAUAUUAUAGAAUCGUCAAACCGACAAAGUAUUGCCACUACUUCACCAAGAAGAAAACCCUUAUCAUGAUACUUGUGACAUGGUUCUAUUCUAUCUGCGCUCCACUAAUUUACGUGCUAAUUGGAAACAAAAUGGUCUUUCAUCCUUCAAAGUUCUUCUGUUUCAUUCCAAUCAAAAACAGUGCAUUUAUGGCCUAUGUUAUUCCGCUUUACAUAGGGAUUCCAAUCUGUGUUAUAAUCUACUGCUACUUUAGAAUCUUUACAGCAGUUCGCCACCACAAUAGCAAUUUUCAUCACCCUGGCAAUCCAAUAAGCAUGGUAAACGUCGAAGAAGUUAAGGUGGCUCGCACCAUACUUGUUAUAGUGGUGUUUUUUAAUCUGUGCUGGAUUCCAAUCUUCACAAUUGACAUUUUGGACACGAUUUUUCAAAGAUGGAUCUUCCCUCCCGACGCUUAUAUGGCAUAUACGUUUUUGGGGACUAUAAGCAGCGCUCUGAAUCCCUUCAUUUACGGCGUGCUCAACAAGAGUUUUCGCAAGAAUUAUCUGAAUGUACUACGUUGCAGAUGCUGCCGUUCUCAAGCUGUCGUAUAA